AUGGAAGAACUUACGGCGUUCGUCUCGAAGUCUUUUGACCAGAAAGUGAAGGAGAAGAAGGAGGCGAUCACGUACCGGGAGGUGCUGGAGAGCGGGCCACUGCGCGGGACCAAGGAGCCGACGGGCUGCCCGGAGCCCGGCCGCGACGACCGCAGCAGCCCGGCAGUCCGGGCGGCCGGCGGAGGCGGCGGCGGCGGAGGAGGCGGAGGCGGAGGCGGAGGAGGCGGAGGAGGCGCAGGAGGAGGAGGAGGAGGAGCAGGCGGAGGCGCUGGAGGAGGGCGCUCUCCCGUCCGGGAGCUGGACAUGGGCGCCGCGGAGAGGAGCCGGGAGCCGGGCAGCCCGCGGCUCACCGAGGGUAACGGCCUAGCCCCCCGGCGGCGGGUCCAGGCUAGGCUGUUUCUCUCCGGAGACGCUUUAGUGUCCCCAGAGCUGAAGGAUCGAAAAGAGGAUGCAAAAGGGAUGGAGGACGAAGGCCAGACCAAAAUCAAACAGAGGCGAAGUCGGACCAAUUUUACUCUGGAACAACUCAACGAACUGGAGAGGCUUUUUGAUGAGACCCACUACCCGGACGCUUUCAUGCGCGAGGAACUGAGCCAACGACUGGGGCUGUCCGAAGCCCGAGUGCAGGUUUGGUUUCAAAAUCGAAGAGCUAAAUGUAGAAAACAAGAAAAUCAACUCCAUAAAGGUGUCCUUAUAGGGGCUGCCAGCCAGUUUGAAGCUUGUAGAGUUGCACCUUAUGUCAACGUAGGUGCUUUAAGGAUGCCAUUUCAGCAGGAUAGUCAUUGCAACGUGACGCCCUUGUCCUUUCAGGUUCAGGCGCAGCUGCAGCUGGACAGCGCCGUGGCGCACGCGCACCACCACCUGCACCCGCACCUGGCCGCGCACGCGCCCUACAUGAUGUUCCCGGCGCCGCCCUUCGGACUGCCGCUAGCCACGCUGGCCGCCGACUCAGCCUCCGCUGCCUCGGUGGUGGCUGCCGCCGCCGCCGCCAAGACCACCAGCAAGAACUCCAGCAUCGCCGAUCUCAGACUGAAAGCCAAAAAGCAUGCUGCCGCCCUGGGUCUGUGACGCCACCCCCUGCGCCAACGUCGCGCCUCCAGCGCGGCUUGCACCCUGCACACCCUCCACGCCCCGCUGCUUUUCGGUUUACCCUGUCCGGACCUCUGGAACCCACCCUCUUCCCGCCCCGCCGAUCGCCCUUUGCCCCCCUCCACAACUUGGACUCGGAGGGCGAGACUCCGCGCGGGACCUUCGAUUUCACGAGGCGCAACAGCUCCGUCGCCCGUGACCGUUCACCUGCCCAAGGGCAUAGAGUUCGGCUUCGCAGGGGCAAGUUUUCGGGAAGUCUGGAGAGACUGAACGAGGGAGCGCUAGGACAGCGGAGUGUGGCUCAAGGCAAAGCUGCAACAACGAUGAAAUUAAAAUCCUGUUCAUAAAAAAUGAACAACAAAAAAAAGUAGAAAAGACAAACCAGAGAAAAAAAGAAAAAGGGAACUUAUCGCUAUUUGGCGGAAGCUGAAAUUGGAGAAAGAACCAAGGAACAGAAACAAAAUUUAGAAAUGAAAGUAUUUUAUACAUUUAAAAAUAUGGAAAAAUCACCCGAACGAAUGUCGAGAUAAUGGGGGGAGGGGGUACCAACUUAAAAAGUGUAUGUUUUUUUUAAUGGGCUGAAAAGGCAAAACAGAAGGAAGAGGUAUACUUAUUUAAAGAACUAAGGUUUAAAAAAAGAAAGUGCGCAGCUGGGAAGUUCACAGGUUUUGAAACUGACCUUUUUCUGCGAAGUUCACUUUAAUACAAGAAAUUUGAUAAGAGAGGCGGGCCUCCUUUUACGUUGAAUCAGAUGCUUUGAGUUAAAAACCACCACACAUGGAAGAGUAAGAAGAGGGAAGACAGUAUACAAACGAGGAGAGGAGAAAAAUGAUAUUAAUACAAAUAAUGAUACCACAGACAAUGAUUUAUCUGAGAAAUAAUUAUAACAUCACUGUCCAGACUGCUGACAGUAAAUUCCGGUUUUGCAUGUUUCUUGUAUUCCAUUGAUGGUGUCUCCCCGCUCCCUGCUUUACUCACGUGCACUUACUCCGUUUUCAUCUAUGAAAAACAAUACCAAAAGCAUCUGGAAAUUGAUAUAUCUCAAAUCUAUAUUUUUUGCCCCGUCUUUGAUCCUGUCGGACAAAAGAAAAAGGUCGGAAGGGAAAAAAACUUAACACUCUGUCCCAAGAAGACGGAGGCGGGCAGAAAAUGUGGGGAAAGGAAAAAGAAAAGAAGACCAAAUGAAAUAAUAAAGGUACAGCGCCUCACAGGGCUUCUAGCACAUAGUAGGCGCUCAAUCAAUGUUAGUCCCUCCCCCCUCCUUUCUUGUAUUCCCUACUGCUGAUUUCCUGAUGUCCUAUUUGAGAACCUUGCUUUAUUUCCCCCUCUCUAUCCUGUCACACUCACCUUAAAUAACACCCAACUAGAUACAAGCAGUAGGUUUGUGUAAAAUAUGUUGAUACACACGAACAAAGUUUAUUUUGGCUAUAAUGUGUGAACUGAUGGUUGACUUUGAACAUUUGCAUUUUAUCUCACAAAGGUGUAUAUUCAAGUAAUUUUGUUUGUUUGUUUCAAUUCAUGUAGCUAUUUAAACUGGGAUACCCUGGACUAAGCAACCUGUAUCCCAAUCACUAGAAAGCCUCCUUAGUUGUGUUUUUUUUUUUUUCUAAUUUACAAGAAAGAGGAAAAGCUCUUUUAACUGAACUUUGGUAUGCGGUUGAGCUUUGUAACUAUUUGUUCUCCAUGAAAACAAAGUUAUUUAUAUUUGCCAUAUUUUUUCUAGUGUAUUAAGUUAUUUUAAACAAAAGAAGAUGCUGUUAUUUCAUGAUGUGUUGUUGGUACAAAAUGUUUCGGUUUCACCUCUGUUAAACCUUUUAAAUAAGU